AUGGCCGAGGAGGAGAGCUUGAUCACCACCGCCCAGCGCCGCGCCUUCUCCACCUCCACCUCCCAGUUUUCGCCGCUGGACAACGACGACCUCCUCACCGAGAUCCUCCUCCGCCUCGCGCCGCGCCACUCGCUCCCGCGCGCCGCGCUCGUCUGCAGGCGCUGGCGCCGCAUCGUCGCCGAGCCGGCCUUCCUCCGCCGCUUCCGCGCCGGGACGCCCGCGCCCCCGCUGCUCGGCUUCUUCACCGACAACUGCGGCGAGCUCGUCUUCACCCCGGUGGUCCAGCAACGGCCCGGCGGCCGCCACCACGGCCGCGCCCCCGCCGCGCGCUUCUCCCCGCCGGGGAGCGCUGGAGCCUCCUCGGCUGCCGCCACGGGUCUACGGCCUCGUCUGCGACGGCGCGGCGCCGUGCGCGGCGGAGACUGCCGCUUCAGCCUGGUCCUGGUGCGCGCCAACAACGACUGCACGCGGGCGUCGGCGUGCCUCUACGAAUCGGAGCUCGGGACAUGGGGAAGCGUCAUCUCGACGGCGAUCACGAGCAUGGUCCGACCAGUGACCCCCAGCCCCAGUGUCAUGGUCGGCAACGCGUUCUACUGGCUGCUCUGGCCGACAGUACUCGAGUUCGACAUGGAUAGCCAGAGCCUAGCUGCAAUUCAGAGGCCGGAAGCCUGUGCAACCGGCGGUAUUACUACGAGCUUCGCGAUCUCACGGACGUAA